GGAGCACCGGCAGGAAUGAGUCGCUGCUGGAUUACCUCCCGAGCUCCGCGUGGACACAGAUGGCAGAAUGGUCAUGGCAUGUCCGAGUGGGCAAAGGCGUCGUCCGGCAGGACUGGACACUAUGUGCGAAGGCCACGAUGCAGACCAUCCGUGCAGCUGACACAAAUGAAGUAGUCAAGCUAAUAUUUCGUGAAUCUGAUAAUGACCGAAAGGUUAUGCUGCAGUUAGAAAAGAAGCUCUUUGACUAUUUCAAUCAAGACGUUUUUAGAGAUAACAAUGGCACUGCGCUUUUAGAAUUUGACAGAGAGCUGUCAGUCUUUAAAGACAGAUUGUAUGAACUGGACAUCUCAUUUCCUCCCAGUUAUCCCUACAGUGAGGACUCUAGCCAGGGAAAGCAGUACAUGAACACGAGAUGUCCAGCCUGGUGCGACAGAAUCCUGAUGUCCCACUCAGCCAAGGAGCUCAUUCUGAAAUCAGAAAAUGACGAGAAGAUAGUAAUAUAUGACCACAUUGGGCCAAAUGUCUGCAUGGGGGAUCACAAGCCUGUGUUCCUGUCCUUUCGAAUAGCUGCUGGGGCAGGUAAACCUAUUGCAAAUGUGCACAAGUGUUGUGUCGUGCAGUGAUGUGGUGGAAAAAGAUGCCUACGAAGUGACAAGAUUUUCCGGGAGACCACGCUGUAGCCGGGAGGGAGGGCAGACCCGAAGUCCAUAAUCCCAACAGCCCCGAGUGCCACAUUUUUAGACUGCUGAUCGUACACUAUGCUUCAGCAUCUGGACUCUGUUCGAGAGAAGCCUCACAUACCUCACUGUCUUGUAUGUUCAUGUGACAUCAAGUAGAAACGUGGAAUUAUUUUUUAUAUAUAUGUCACAGUUCUGUUGCCAAAACUCUAAAUAGACAGCAGAGAUGUUAUGUAUUUUAGAUUUCACGACUUUCAACUUUUACUAAGUGUUUGUCAACGUGGAAAAGCUAUUUCAGCAUAUUAUAAACUUCUUAAGGUGUCGUGACUAACAUUAUAUAUCUUUACCACUUUGGGGUUUUGUACAUUGGAUUGUAUAGAUAGAGAUAUUGAUGGUUUUAAAUGGUAUUUUCUUUGUUGACCAACCAAGGCUUAUGGUUUGUGUCUUAGUUUUAGUAUUUUGUUUUUCAUUUUUAUAAUUUUUUUCUCAUUUUAUUUACUAUACUGCCAUGUUACAUGGUUUUUGAAUCACACAGCAGCUGCUUUCUAUACAUACAUAUAUGUGUGUGUAUAUAUAUGUAUGUAUGUGUAUAUAUACACAGAUAUAUAAAUAAUUUAUAAACCUGACCAAAACUUAUGCUAAAUAUACUUUCCAAUAGGAAUGCUUGAGAGUGCCAUAUCAGCAGUUAGUGUGGGAGUCUUAGCAGGUUUAGUUAAGUGUACAUUGACAGCCAACAUUUAUAUAACAAACAAUAUAUAGCAGUGCCAUCCUGGAUACAGAUAUAUCACAUACUAUAUAGCACAUGUAUUAGCAGUUUCACUUUGUUACUCCUAUAAUCCCUUCUUUCUAUGUAAUAUUAAGGAUUGAAUGUGAAGUUCUUAGCUAGGUUUGGGUGUAACUUUCCAGAAUUUUGUAAACCGUUUUUGUCUGUCUUUUGUUACUGUUUUAUGGUGCCAAGUAUUCUAUAUUGAAACAAUAACAACACGGGAGAAGAAAAUAAUAGUCUGCUUCAGAUAGCAACUGUAUUGGACACACACUGCAUUUACACAGUGUUAAAGGGAAAAAAACAAAAACAACAAAAACCCAACUACCUGACUGUAAAUUUUCCUGGUUACUAGCUCAGUGCAGCCUACAACAUAGUCUUGUUACAGACAUUUUUCUCCCACCACUAAAUACAACAUUAAAAGGUGAUUAGGGAGUCUGUUGAUGAAACACAAAUGUAUGUUUUAUUGAUUUAAUUUAGAACACUACAGAGUUCAUGGACUGUGUGAUGGCAUUAGAUUGAUGCUUGAUUUUGGUAUAAAUCACUACCAUUGAAAAUGAUUCGAUGUCUGCUUGCAGAGUGUUUUCUCAACAGUACCACCUGGUUCGUACAAGUAUUGUUGCCCAAAGGGUGUCUGCAGCUCUGUAUUGUUAAUGUGCCAUGUUGCAUUAUAACCACACAGUAAUUCUAUUUAAGCGAACUCAACUCAUGAUAACUUUGAAGGCCUUUAGAAAUGAGUACUCUGGUUCUCAAGCAAUAAAACUAAUAAUGGUGAA